GAGAAGGCAGGGAGCAAACCAGCAGAGAAUUCAGAUGUGUACCGUGUAAUUCAUUUCCCUCUGAAGACACCAGGGGUUGGCAGUGAUUUACAAUGGAAUGACUUCCACUAAAAGCCAUGGAUUACUGUGAGUGGAUAUUGACUCCUCAACCGAGGCUUAUUACAGGUUCCCGGAACGCACAAUGACUGAUCGUUUCGACUGCCAUUACUGCAAGGAAUCUCUACAAGGCAAGAAGUAUGUUCAGAAAGAUGAUCAGCAUUGCUGCAUCAAAUGCUUUGAAAAAUUCAUUGCCAACACCUGCUCUGAGUGCAAGAAACCAAUUGGCUGCGAUUCUAAGGAGCUGCACCAUGGUGGCAAAUACUGGCACGAGAACUGCUUCCGAUGCUAUCACUGCAGCCGCUCAUUGGCCAAUGAUUCCUUCAGCCUCAAGAACGAUCGCAUCACCUGUAACAAGUGCCUCCCCCGAACUGACAGCUCCACAUGUCACAGCUGCAAGAGACCCAUCAAACCAGGGACGAAGAGUUUUGAAUAUGGCGGCUCUCACUGGCAUGAGCGAUGCUUCACCUGCUGUCGCUGUCUGAAGGAAAUCGGAACAGCAAGCUUUGUUCCAAAGGGUGAUGACAUCUACUGUGUCUCCUGUAAUGAGAAGAAGUUUUCCAAACACUGUGUCCACUGCAGAAAGGCUAUCACCAGUGGGGGACUGACCUAUCGUGAUGAGCCCUGGCACACUGAGUGCUUUGUGUGUAAGACAUGUCGGAAACAGCUGAGUGGUCAACGAUUCACUGCCCAUGAGAACUACAUCUACUGUGCUGACUGUUAUGGCAACUUCAUCGCCAAGAAAUGUGGCACCUGCCACAAGCCUGUGACUGGAUUCGGAGGGGCUGAGGUUGUAACCUAUGAAGACCGUCAAUGGCACAGCGACUGCUUCAAGUGUAAGAAGUGUUACAGCUCCCUGGUCAACAAGCGUUUCGUUAACCACAACAGGGAUGUGUACUGCACUGACUGUGCAAAAUCGCUGUAAAUCCUGAUUCAUACACCACAGUAACGAGAACAAAUCAAAUACAUUACUCUGUUACAGCAAAGCUUUUAAAAUUCAAUAACCAGAUGCUUCAAAGGCAGUACAAUAGCACGUGUUUGCAAUCUUUACAAAAUUUAGACAUUAUUCAUCUUUUCUGCAGUGCUAAGUAUUAUCCACAGGCAUGGAAAAGGUUUCAAAAGAACGCAUCAGAGCUACAAAAGUGUAAUUAAAAUGCCUGCAAUAUUUAAUCAUAUCAUAAAUGAGUUUCUUAAAACAGUAAAGGUAAAUAAAAGCUGGAACAAUACUUAAACUCAUUGUAUUAGAGGGUGCUAUUUACUCAGUGUCACUGUAGUGUUUGACUGCAUGCAUCACUCACCUGAACAUUCUCGCCCAGGUGUGUCUGUUACUUCAGUUGUUAGCUCAUAAUAACUAAUUUCUUACAUUGAAAUGCAGUGUUUUAUAAUAUAAAUCAAAUUCAGUACUAUAUACAAAUUAGCAGGAUAUGUUCUGUGAAAGCAUACCAGCCAAAAAGAGGCAUUUUGGCCACUGGAUGUGGGUUAUACGCGGCUCUGGCUGUAUUAGGCUCUGUAUCUAGCCACCAGCAUCUUCCCUAUUGAUUUAUACAGCAGCCGUUCAAUGGUUUCAUUCCACAUUUGGCUUUUAUCCACCAACCUCAAAACAAUUGGAAGUUUUAAAUGCAUGAAUAUUCAGCUGUUAAUGUUCUUGCUCUCCUCCACUGAAUUGAAGUUAGUUCAGUAUGUGCCUCAUAUUUACACACUAGCGUUUGUUAGGCUCCAAUUUAUCAUGAUUUUUGAAAUGACUAACAAAUUUUGUGUGUGGAAAUAUGUAAUGGAAUCAUGCACGACCUGAUCGCAUGUGAGGUCCUCAUUCAAUGCAUUGUAUGGACAAUCAAUGGAUUAUUUACAGCAUGACAAUAUUGUACCUUAAAUAAAAGACUUUCAAACCUG